GGGGGGGGGGGGGGAGGAGCGGCUGUGAUGUUAGCAAGUUAGGUAGUGAAUGUGGGUGCUGCACUGGUUCCUGCAAGUGGUUGUGUUUUUGCUGGAAGGAAGGGGAAAGAAAUGGUUCCUUCCAGCUCCUUUGUUCCUGGAGAAGUCUCCCCAGUGAUCCCUGCUCCUCCAGCAUACCUCUGAGACUAGUAAACAAAUCUCCCUCCCAUAUACCCGAGUCAUGUUUCAAACUGCUGCUUCUGUGCUCUAUCUCCAUGGGCUGUUUGUGGUGCUGUCUCUUAAAGAGUGAGGAUUUCAGUUUCCUCUCACCCUCCAGCCUCUCCCAGAGCUGAGCCACUGAUUUUUAAAAUUCCAAGAUUUAAGUCCUAAAAUUCAGUCCCCCUAGUUUUCAAAGCCAAAUAUUAUGAGGACUCAUCUUCCACAUGCAGGUUCCCCGGUGGAAUAGUCUGUUUCUCUCCCUUCUCCACAGCUCUCUCCCUACCCCAACCCCCCACUUCCUGCAUACAGCAGUGGUCCAUUAACUCCCCACCACAUCUCUACCUUUCCUACCCUCUUCAGUGUGGGCUCUUCUCUACCUUUAGUUAUGGAAUUAGUUCUUCCAAUCUUUGGGUUAUUUUCUGAGUUAUUUAACACUGAUGUGAGUGUUAUCUAUUGUAACUCCCACUGUGUAUCUAUUGAUACUCCCAUUGUAUCUAUGGGACAAGGUGACCAUAGGGUCCUCCUACUUCACUAUCUUCCCAGCAAUCAUCCACAUUGUUUUUGUUUUGUUUUAUUUUAAUUUGAGAGAGAAAGUGUGCAAGCGGGGGAGAGGAGCAGAAGGAGAGAGAGAGAGAGAGAGAGAGAGAGAGACUGAGAAUCUUAAGCAGGCUCUGUGCUCAGCAUGGAGCCUGACGAGAGGCUCAAUCCCACAACCCUGGGAUCAUGACCUGAGCUUAAAUCAAGAGUCAGACACUCAUCCAAUGAACCACCCAGGCAACCCCAGAUUGGUUUUAAAUCAAGGAUUCUUCUAUCUGCGACCUAAAUAAAAAUUGUUUACAUUCAGGAGGAAGUUAGUAAUACCCACUUCUACAUACCACUCUCGUCCUGGAAAAUACAGAGAAAGGUGUUCAACUCAAUAAUGGAUGGUACAGCCCACAUGAAUGUCUAACAUCAAAUACUAAAUACAGCCACAUGAAGGUAGAAAAAAUAUAGAGUACUUCCAUGAGGCCAUUAGCUUUUUUUUUAAAUCUACCUGUACUUUUCAUCCCUAGCAAAUAAGACUUUCCCAAAAUUAGUAUUGUCAUUCACAGAAAUCAACAAAAGCCAGAUGAUAACCUAACAUUUACUGAAGUAUCAUAAUGUUUCAAUAUCUAACACUUACUGAAGUCAUAUCUAACAUUACAGUGCUGAGCAUGUUGCCUGCAUUAUCUCAUUUACCUAUUUAAUGUCACCCAGAAGAGGCUUUUAUUAUUCCCUAUUUUACAGAUGAGGAGGAUGAGCCUUGGAAAGGUUCCAUAAGUAGCCCAAGGUCAUAGUGUCAGUGACCAUUCAAUUCUACUGCCUUCCUACAAAAUCCUACUGAUGAAAUGAAAAUGAGGCUUGUAAGAGUCACUUAUUACCUAUACCUAGCAAGCCUUCCUUCUGUGCAGAACCAUCUGUCUCUCUCUUGUCUACCCCCAAAAGGCAGGUUGCUGCAGAUGCAGAGGUGGUGGUUAAGAUCACCAUUCCAAACCCUCCAAAAUGACUGUAAAUUAAACUACAAGCCCCAAGAAUUAUAAGCAACUUGCCCCCAGGUUACACUGUUGGUUGAGGACAGAGGCAGACUUGAACCCCAGGGCUCCUCCUGACUGAUUGCUGUGGUCUCCCAUUUCCCUGAGGUGCCUUUUAUCUUUACCUGAAUCAGUUUUGAGAUAAAGACGUCUAAACUCAGAAAGCCAAGUGGUACCACUUAACCCAUCUUUUACAUUAAUAGUCUUUUGGCUCAGGAAUCAUUUAAUAGAAAUUAUAAAAUGAGACCAUUACAUCCCUACUGCCUUAAAAUGCAGUAAUUAUGGUUCAGUUGGACUGCACUUCUGAAGGUAAUGGAAUUAAGUGAAUUUUUAAAUCGAAAAUUCCACCCUCAGCAAUGUGUCGCUUUGCUUUUUCCCGUCUAGUCUGCAUGAGAUGCUUUUAUUACUGUGAAAUUUUGCACUUGGACAUGUCCCGAGUGGAGCUGCCUUCUCUGCAGCCUCUUCUCCCGGACCCUGUGUGACAUAUGAUGGCCUAACCGUUCAUCUGUCUGUCCUCUGUCUAGCAUGGCACCACGCUCCUCAUGGUGGCCUCCUAUGCAGGCCACAUAGACUGUGUGAGGGAACUGGUUCUGCAAGGAGCAGACAUCAAUCUCCAGAGAGAGUCAGGUACAACUGCCCUGUUCUUUGCUGCCCAGCAAGGACAUAAUGAUGUCGUGAGAUUUCUCUUUGAAUUUGGAGCAUCUACUGAAUGUAGGACCAAAGAUGGGGGCACUGCCCUGUUGGCCGCCAGUCAGUAUGGGCACAUGCAGGUGGUUGAGACCCUGCUGAAGCACGGAGCCAAUAUCCACGACCAACUUUACGAUGGAGCCACUGCACUCUUCCUAGCUGCCCAGGGUGGUUACUUGGAUGUUAUUCGAUUACUGUUGUCUUCAGGAGCAAAAGUCAACCAGCCAAGGCAGGACGGGACGGCGCCGCUGUGGAUCGCAUCGCAGAUGGGCCAUAGCGAGGUGGUGAGGGUGAUGCUGCUGCGCGGAGCCGACCGGGACGCCGCCCGCAACGAUGGUACCACAGCAUUGCUAAAAGCAGCCAACAAAGGGUAUAACGAUGUUAUAAAGGAGUUGUUAAAAUUCUCACCCACCCUUGGCAUUCUGAAGAAUGGGACAUCGGCCCUCCACGCGGCAGUGCUCAGUGGGAAUAUUAAAACAGUUGCACUGCUCCUGGAAGCCGGAGCAGACCCAGCCCUGAGAAACAAGGCCAAUGAACUUCCGGCAGAACUAACCAAAAAUGAACGUAUCCUGCGUCUCCUCCGAAGUAAAGAAGGACACAGGAAGAGCUAACUUAGUUCCAUAUUUGACUGAAAGAUAGAAACCCUAAUCACAUUGUCCGAAAAGAAGUCGCUUUUCAAAUAGUGUUGGAAAUUCCAUUAAGAAAGGAAAUGCUCAGAAUGCCCGCCCUGGGUCCCUGACCAAGGAGAGCUGGGCUCUGUGCCCUGAGUCAAGAACAGAAAGGCUCAGGGACCCCUUGCCCUCACUUAUGUGGGCUUCUCACACUGGCCUGCGCCCCCACUGCUGUGGGGCCUGGCAGAUUCGUGGAUUCCACAGAAACUCGUUUUACACUACACUAAGUUGGGUCUCUCAGUUAAACUCUAAGACUUAAACCCUUGACAAGGUUUAAGCAAGAUGACAAAAGCCUUUAAAAUACUGAAAGUCUGAUAUUCAGUGAAUCAAAGCACUUUUACUUUUGCAUUAAAUGUCAGUGUGCAAAAAGAUACAGCUCCCUCAUGUUUUACACAUACAUGUAUGUCAUGCCAGCGUAAAAUGUUUUCUUCUCCCCAAAGGUCGUAGCCACGUUUAUUCUGAAUCAAUGAAGUGUAAAUUCACAUUAAAAAGCCACUUCUGACAUUCCACCAUGUGAUUUUCAAAGGUGGACUGUUGAACUAUAAAAAAGACAAAUUGUUGAUUUGUGAGUUGAUCCUCGUCUUAUUCCAAACACGUAAAAAAUCAUUUUUACCAAGAAUCAAUAUUGAGGUACGGUGGGAAGCAAGUGGCAAUUUGGGAAACGCAGAAAAUUACAAGCCAUGGGAAAUUGAGGCUUGUCUCUUUGAACUUUUAUUUUGGUUCUCUCGUUGGGAAUCCGCUUCCCAUGCCAUAACUAAGUAGACUUCCUAUGCUGUGCAGUCCUGAGCUCCCAGCACCACAUUGCUUGACACAAUGACUUUGAGGUCCUUGGAUGAAAUGUGAUAUAUGCAAGUACAAUACGUUGCUAUUAUAUUGUAGGAGUAUAAGUAAUAAAAGACUGUUAUUAGUAUUUAAUAGGUGUUCAUCUAUGCAUGUUCUUGAGCUGAUUGAUUCCAAGAAAGAGACCUGAGUUUUAUUGACUUAUUCCUUGGAGGGGAAUCAAAAUUUAUGUACAGUGCACUUUAUAAUCAAUGGUGUCUAAAUGCCUCAGUCAGUGCCUAAUUGCACACGCUAAAAUUAAACCGUCUUUCCAUAAUAAACCAUCUUUACCAUAAUAAACACUGAUGGUAUUUCUGGUAUUUAAAUACAUCUUUAGUUUUCUUUUCAUUUUCUGCUCUGAUUUCCAGGCAAUGUUCUGGAUUUUAAAGACAUGUUAACGUGGAAGAAAAUGUAAUCCCCACCGUUUUUUUUAACCAACUUGCGGUGGUCCUGAAAGCAUUAUCCUUAAGCCAGUAAGUGAUCAAAUAUAAUUUUUAAAAUUAGAAGAUACUCUCUUAAGGUUUGUUAUGAUUGAUAAAAUAACCAAUCAACAGAAAUCAGCUUAUUUUAAUCAAUAUCACAAACAAAGGCUGUAAUGAGUCACCCACAGAGUCCCCAGGGAUGCCUAUAGCCUGACUAGCUAUGCAACAAGUCAACAAUCUAAUUUCGGGAUAAAAAUUUACAAAGAUCUGUCUGUAUUGCUAAAACACCCAGAUAUAAACCCUUUAGUAACUAUAAAGCAGUGCCAAUUUCCUCACUGACUUUCUUUUACUUAGCAAAGUACUAAGUACAAAUGCACACUUUCCCCCAUGGGAAUUUCAUAAAGCUAUGUUCAUUUUGAAGAGGAAAAUAGUGUGGCCUUAAAUGCUUUAUAUUUUUCCCCUUUUGUUAGCCCUUGGGCCAAAACUGAUUGCUGAUCACUGACAUAAAUCAAAACAGUAUUGUGGGUACUGAUAACAAAGUUCCGAAAGACAAAAUGGGAUGAAAUCAUGACCUUCAUGUUUUCACUAAGAUAUGUUGUCCUUGGCCUAUGUGUUACAUUGUUUUAAGUGGAUAAUGUUCUUGAUCAACAUUAGAGCUAUAAGAAUGAAUCCAGUAGCUUUAACAAUAUUUAAUGGAUUAAAUAUUUAACAAUAUUUAAUCUCUUGCUAUAGGUAAGAGAUCUCUAGCCUAGAAGGAUCAGGUUUGGUCUGGAUGAGAUUAUGACAUUAUCCAUAACAGGGAAGAUGAUUGUAUUAACCAUGCACCAAAAACUAAAGUCUGUUAUUUGAAGUAAAAUUGCAUUUAUUUUGCACACAGGUAGAUGGUUCUUUUUUUUUUUUUUGAUGAUGAUUCUUAUUUUAUGUUCAUCUAAUUCACAGUUCAAUGAGCUCUGCAUCCUAAGACAGAACUAGCAAUUCCUAUGCAAAUCAUUUGUUAAGUGAGCCACAAAAGUGUUCAUUACCUCCAUUUGUUUGAUGACAUAUUCCAUGUUAUAAUUCAAAAUAAACUUAAUGUACUACCCAGCUUACCUUUGCUGCUCUUUCUUGUUUGUUUUUAAUCAGAAGUUGUUUCUAUGUGGUUUUUAAUAGCAUGGAAUUUUAGAGUGAGUGACUCAGUUUGUUGAUAAAUAUAUCGAUAUUUGAAAUCCUGAGUUGAUCUGUAAGCUUUACGAUUUCAUUAUU